AUGCAAUACACCCAUGUGAACUACGUAAUUAUUAUAAUUGGUCAGAUUUGUUGGUUGAAUGCACACGGAAUACCUCCUGUCAUUUAUUUAACAAUGAACAAGUCGAUUCAACGAAAUUGUCUCGGAAUAUUAAAAAAGUUUGGCAGUACUACAUUAAAAUUCUACAAAAAUCUGCACUUAAAUUCUAUCCAGCCUAUUAUUCCUCAAAUAAAUCCUCCAAGGGAAGAUAAUCAAGUAAAUGUACAAAAUCAACAAAUCAAUCAAAAUUGAAUUUUCUAAACUUUUUAUUGUAAUAGUAUAUUAUUCCUUUUACCUCAAAAAUUUAAUAUUUUAACUUAAAUUUACAUAGUCCAAUCAAAAUUUAUCCAGAAAAUUAUAAAAAAUUUCUAAUUAAAAUUUAUAUUUAUUUAUAAAUUACUUAUAUACAUAAUAUGUAUUACUUUAGUAUAUGGGAUUUUUUGGUUUUGCAGAAACUUAAUAUGGAGACCUUUUGAAAAAUAUAUUCCCUGAUUUUUAUAGUGAUCCGAUCUCUAGCUCUCAGUUGCCCGGUCUCAACUAAUUGUUUUGCUUCAUUUCAUUUCUUAAAAAAUUUGAGUUUCGUGGAGGCAUUCUUAGUGUAUAUUAUAUGUAGUAGAUCAAAUAAAACUCUUGGAUUAUUUCAAUAUUAUCCGUGCACAGGUCUGUAUUUAUAUUUUUUAGGAAUUUAUGUUCGCUUUCUCUUACUAGAAUUGGUAAAAGUCUUGAAUAUG